AAAUGGGGAAUUGUUUCAAUUAAGAUGAGACUCAAAAUUCAUCAUUAAAAACAAUGAAAAAAGUGGAGAGUGUUUUAAGUUAACCAGAACAUGAGAAUGAAAGUGGAAAGAUAUGUUUGAAGGAUUUUCUUAGUUAAGGUGAAAUUGGCAGGGUUAUAAAUAUUAUUAGUAUAAAUAGGGUUAAUUUGGUAAAGUUUUGAAGGUGAAAAUGAAAUCUAAUUAAAAGGAAUAUGCAAUGAAAGUUAUAAAGAAAGCAGACAUAAUAAAAUAUGGUUUAGUAAAUCAUACUAUGCUUGAAAAAAAUGUUUUAGAAUAUAGUAAUAAUCCAUUUGUAAUAAAAUUACAAUAUUCAUUUUAAACAGAACAAAAAUUAUAUUUAGUGAUGGAGUAUAAUUAAAUAAAUAGAAUUAGGUUAGUUAAUGGAGGGUAAUUAUUAAGAGUGAUGACAAAAUAACCUUAAAAACAUUUUUCAUUUAAUUAAGCGUAAUUUUGUGCAGCAGAAGUAGUUCUAGGUUUAGAAUAUAUGCAUGAAAAAUUGAAAGUAAUCUAUAGAGAUUUAAAACCAGAAAAUAUAUUAGUAACUGAGUAAGGACAUUUAAAAUUAACAGAUUUUGGAUUAUCAAAAAAAUAUGAAUCGUUAGAUAUGAAAUUCUUUACUGUAAUUAUUUGUAUUUUUCACUAGAUUAGAUAGCCGGUACUCCUGAGUAUCUGGCACCAGAAAUAUUAAAUAAUUCUGGCCAUAACUAUACAGUUGAUUGGUGGUGUUUAGGAAUAUUAAUAUAUGAAAUGUUGGUUGGAAAGACUCCAUUUAGAGAUAAAGCAAAUAAUUUUAGAAAUAUAGAAUAAUAAAUUAAAGAAUGUCAUAUCUAAUUUCCAGAUGAUAUGAAUCAAUAAUCUAAAGAUAUAAUUGCAUAGUUCUUAAAUAAAGAUCCAACUAAAAGAUUAGGUAAAUUAUUAUAUUUAAUAUUAAUUAGGACAUAAAUCUAUAUAAUAAAUUAAGGAUCAUUAAUUUUUCAAUGAAAUUAAUUGGGAAGAUCUUGCUAAUUUUAGAGUUAAAUCACCUAUUCUAGAAGGAGUUCAAAAAUUACAAUAAUAAAUAGCAAAAGAGGUUCCUAUAGCUAAAAAAAUAUUUGAGACUCCUUAAUCAUUAUUGGCUAAUCAAAAUACAUAAAAUUUUGAAGGAUUUUCUGUCAAUCAUGAUGAAUUUUGA